CUCAAGGCAUUCUGCUCAGGACACGAGGACAUCAGCGGCCGAGACAUGAAACACUUACUGCUGUUGCUGCUAUUUUUUAUAGCCUCUAGCUAUGCUUUCCCUGCAUUAUCUCAAACGGACGGCGAGGAGAAAGAUGCCAAGUUUGCAGAGGAAUACUUGAAAAAAUACUACAAGCUUGAAACAGUGGGCGGCCGGCAGUCAAAAAUGAAAGCAAGCAGCCCUUUUAGUCAAAAGAUUAGAGAAAUGCAAAACUUUUUUGGUCUGGAAGUGAAUGGACAGCUGGAUGAAGCAACUAUGGAAAUGAUGCAUCUUCCAAGAUGUGGUGUCACGGACGUUUCACAGUUUAGCACGUUCCCAGGAAACCCUGCAUGGAAGAAGAAAGAUCUGACCUACAGGAUCGUAAACUAUACUCCGGAUAUGACCAGAGAAGAUGUUGACAGUGCCAUUCAGAAAGCAUUCAAAGUCUGGAGUGAUGUAGCUCCUCUGACGUUCACCAGAAUCUACGAUACUGUUGCAGAUAUUGAGAUAUCAUUUGCUGCACAAGUCCAUAACGAUUUUUACCCUUUUGAUGGCCAACACGGCACCUUAGCACAUGCAUUUGGUCCCGGAAACAACAUAGGUGGAGAUGCACACUUUGAUGAAGAUGAAACAUGGACUUCUGGUAGCAACGGUUAUAACUUGUUCCUUGUGGCUGCUCAUGAACUUGGUCAUUCCCUUGGACUCUCCCAUUCAAGCGAUCAAAAUGCUCUGAUGUACCCAACCUACCAUUACACUGACCCCAGUAGAUUUGAGCUCAAUAUCGAUGAUGUGAAUGGCAUUCAAUCACUGUAUGGGGUAAGACAAAAACCAGUUGAACCAACAAAACCAACAAAGCCACGCACAACAAAGCCAACAAAACCAAGCACAACAAAGCCAACAAAACCAAGCACCCCAUCAACAUGCCAGAAUAUAACUUUUGAUGCAGCAACUACUUUCCGUGGAGAAAUGUUAUUCUUUGAUGAACAAAAAUUUUGGCGAAAACUUCCCCACAAUUCAGAAAUCGAAAAUCAUUUCAUCAAGACUUUCUGGCCCUCUCUUCCAACUGCUAUUCAAGCUGCCUAUGAAUACGCAGAAAAGGACCAGCUUCUACUAUUUAAAGGAACAAAAUAUUGGGUUCUGAGUGGAUACGAAGUUUCAAAAGAUUCCCCAAAGAGUAUCUUCCAGCUUGGCUUUUCAAAAAAUGUAAAGAAAGUCGAUGCCGCUGUCCACCAUACAAAUACAGGGAAGACAUUUUUCUUUGUUGAAGAUAAGUACUGGAGUUAUGAUGAAGAGAAACAGCGUAUGGACCCUGAUUUUCCUAAAAAAAUAAGUGACAACUUCCCCGGUGUUGGAAACAAAGUUCACGCUGCUUUUGAGUCUAAUGGAUUGCUCUAUUUGUUUAAUGGACACCAUCAAUACGAAUUCAGCACAGAGAAAAAGAGAGUAACGCGUAUAUUGAAAUACACCAGUUGGUUAAACUGUUAAAGUGAAAAUACAAAACAGUAACCAGAGUCAUCAGUUUACAUAUGAUUUUUUACAUUUUGUUUUUUUUAACGCAUAUUAUUUAUAUAAUUUGUAUUUAAAUAUAUGGUAAAUAUUCAUGAUUUUGUAUGAAAUAAUAGGUCAAAUAAUAAAAUAUAUAUUUAAGCUA